CAUACCUAACAAGAAACAAUGGUGUAGGAUUAGGAAGAAGAUAAACCAGUCAAGGAUAAGGUUGACAUAUGCACAUUUGUGUCAAUACAGAUAUUCCUUUCCUAUUUUAGGGUUUUAGGGUAUAUUCCUCUCCUCUCUCUUACAAUGGCCGUUUUCUCAAUCUACACAUUCACUUCCUUUCCUCCCUCUUAUUCCUCUUCCUAUUUUCAUGACUUCACUGGAGAUUUGCUUUCGAGAGCAUGGAUUGGUAGACGAAGAAGAAGAAGCAAAAGCAAAAGCAAAAGCAAAGCCACUACUAGGCUCUUUGUUCUGUCUUCGCAUUCCAACCCUAAAAUUCUCAAGUCUAAUCGCAGGUCACGGUACGGCAAAACACUGUCCCCUUACGAUAGCGACGACGACGCUGGCGGUGACGGUUUCGAAUACGACGACGAUUGGGAUGAGGACGACUGGCUUUCUGAUGAUGAGUUUGCAGAGACAAAAGCAUCUGAUAAACAAAGAUUCAAGUCAUGGAAUCCAGCCAACAAGAGUCAAGGAAGCCACAGGCAUUCAAAAAAGGAAUGGGGUGUGGGAUCAAUAAAAGUGGGUCAAACCAAACCAAACAAUAUUGGUUCCUUAGGUGCAGAUGGCAGAGGAAAGCUGGAGGUUGGGAGCUCUACAAAGAACAGAUUUUGUCGUCUGUGGGAAGAACUAGAUUUGGACGAGAAAUGGUUUCCUCUUCUUGAUUACCUGAGCACCUUUGGACUCAAGGAAUCACACUUCAUCCAAAUGUAUGAGAGGCACAUGCCUUCCCUUCAGAUAAAUGUGGGUUCAGCACAGGAAAGGUUGGAGUUCCUGUUGAGUGUUGGUGUCAAACACGGAGACAUGAGAAAGAUACUUUUGAGGCAGCCACAAAUCUUAGAGUACACGGUGGAGAACAAUAUGAAAUCACAUGUUGCUUUUUUGGUGAGUUUAGGUAUUCCAGAUUCCAGAAUGGGCCAGAUAAUCACUGCUACUCCAUCCCUGUUUUCUUAUAGUGUGGAGAAUUCAUUAAAACCAACUGUGAGGUACUUAGUUGAAGAGGUUGGCAUUAAGAAGAGUGAUCUAAGUAAAGUUGUGCAGCUGAGUCCUCAAAUCCUGGUUCAGCGGAUUGAUAGUUCUUGGACCACUCGUUUCAGUUUUCUUACAAAGGAAUUGGGAGCACCUAGAGAUAAUAUAGUGAAGAUGGUCAGAAAACAUCCUCAACUACUUCACUACAGCAUUGAGGAUGGUUUACUGCCAAGAAUUAAUUUUCUAAGGAGUAUUGGGAUGCGCAAUUCUGACAUUUUGAAAGUAUUGACUAGCCUCACACAGGUAUUCUCUCUCUCACUGGAGGGGAAUCUGAAGCCCAAGUACAUGUACUUGAUCCAUGAGCUUCGAAAUGAGGUGCAAUCAUUGGCCAAAUAUCCCAUGUACCUAAGCUUGUCUCUAGACCAGAGAAUCCGUCCUCGCCAUAGGUUUCUGGUUUCCCUAAAGAAAGCUCCAAAGGGGCCAUUUCCUCUGAGUUCUUUGGUUCCAACUGAUGAAAGCUUUUGUCAGCAGUGGGCUGGAACUAGUGUGGAUAAAUAUUUGGCAUUUCGUCAGAAUUUACUGCUGAAAGAGUUUGCUGAGAAGUAUGAGCGAUAAUAGUGAUUUGCUGACUUCAAGUUCCUUACAAGUCCAUCAACAUAUGUAGUGGAAGAUCAGAAUGGUCUCUCCGAUAACCUAAGCGACUAUAUAUUUAUCUUCUUGGAAAUAUUAUGAGCAUCUAGGGUAAAGUUCAGAUGUCUGCGAUCAGUCCAAACUCCUGUUUUACUUCUAUUAUUGCUGCCAGGAACAGGUCAAGUUUUGCUCUACAGUUAGCAAAUAUUUUCUCACUUUCUCAGUGUAGCAACUUAGCAAGAAGUAGGCAGUUGUUUACUAACUUCAGGUGUUUGCUAAAAGCCAGUGGCUCCAACUUCAAACCUUUGUUUUCAAGAUAUGCUCAACUGGUUUGUGAUGGGGCUCUUUGUGGAGGACCCACCAGUGAGUGCUCAACGCGUCCAGCAGUUUGAUUAUAAACAUUAUUGUUUUCUUACUGGUGGGUGAAGGUUACCCCUCACCUAAUCAAGAGAGAGUUGAGUUGGAGUUGAAAAUGUCUUAAUCUGUUGAAUGGUGAAAAACAACAAUGAUUGGCUUAGGAUACCAUAAAUUAGGUGUUAAAUUUAUUUAUAGAAUUGUGCUUGAAUAUCGUUAUGUAAAGUAGGGUGUUUAUUAUUUUUGGAAGUGAAACUAAAUUUUAAAAUCUUUUUGAACUAAUA